GUUUUAUAAUAUUAAAAUAUGAACGAGUUACAGAAAAACCAACAAGUGAGCCCGAUUAUUUCUAAAACUGUUUUUAUUUGGUGACGACUUUUGUGUUCAUGCUAUAGUAACAGUCGUUUUUGAAAUGUCUAAAAAUAAUUUUUUUAAUGAGGUUAUUUAUUUUUUACUUGUAUGUCUAACAUAUUUGUGUGGCGAAAAAAUAAUGCAUAGGUAUACCCACAGUUAUAUGUUUUGAUUUAUCUAGUGACUCGUGAGACAUAAUUGCCUGAGAUGAACUAGUUACAAAUGCCUACUGCUGUGAUUGUGGAUCAUGCGCGUAUGGCAUAAUUUAUUUAGUAUUAUUUUAGUUGGAUAAGAUGGUCAAGUUUAUGGAACAUGAAGCAAAUGAAAUUGAACAAAAUAUUGACACUCAAUCAGAGGAUGAAUAUAAUAAUAAAAAAAACGAAAUUAUACUCAAAGGAAAAAUGGAGAUUAAUCAAUUGUACAACAAAAAGACAAAACUUAUGAAAAGAACAACAGCGACAAUGAUAACCACCCUAAUGACCAAUGCCAAGUUAGAAAUAUUGAAUAUUAGAGAUAAAUUCAUUAAAUGUGUAUUAGCCGACGUAAACAAAGAACUGUUAAAAUUGCGUGAUCGUAAAUCUUAUUACACGGAAAUUCUCAAAAAGUUAAUACUUCAAGCAAUGUAUCAAGUUUUAGAGCAAAAAAUAAGCUUAAUUCUGAUAUCAGAAGAUGUAGAAUGCGUGAACUCAAUGAUUCCUGAAUUGAAACAAAUAUAUUUGGCCAACACAGGAACAAACGUUGAAAUAAACAUUGAUAAUAGUAUCAAGUUACCAACUAAAGAAAUAGGAGGCGUAAUGGUCACUGCCAAAGGUCGAAGGCUACUUGUUGAAAACACGCUGGUAGUGAGAUUGCUCUAUCUCACCCAACAAGCUAUACCAAUAAUAUGCACUGGACUGUUUGGACCAAAUCCCACUAGAACUUACUUAAGAGAUAAAUAA